GUUGAGCUCAUAUCUGACCCCCCCCCUUCAAGUCUGUGCCCUGUUUUGUGAACUCUAGCUGUCAAUCUUGUGUCAUCGUUAACACGGCUGAAAACGCACACACACACACACACACACACACACCACUCUGAAGAAUAUUGACACCGCUUCUGCAGUGAUAUCGGACUGUUUCGAAGGGGAUCACACGCGAGCUGUAGUGACGUGAGUGGAGCCCGGGGUGGGCUGCCCCACGCCUCCAGCUUCUCCAUCAGCCACACGCAGCACUCACACACGCUCUGCUGGAGACAGGCUUCGGCGCACCGUGGACCGCUGCUCUGCUUCCCCGCGCUGGAAUGGACAAGCGCUGCACAGACUGCCACGAGCCCCGGGCUGCACAGAGCCUCUGCACGCUCUGCAACAAGCGCCUGUGCUACCACUGCACCAGCAUGCACCAGGACCACGGCCUGUACGGCCUGCAAGGCCCCCCUGGGACGCCCGCGCCUCUGCUGGUGUCAGAGGCAAGCAAGAGACGCGCUUAUGCAGGCACCAGCUGCUGGCUCGCGAGCGCCGUCCCGUGCCACUACCAUAGGCAGGAGCCCCUGGACCUCUUCUGCGAGACAUGUGACCUCCUUUCCUGCAGCAGCUGCCACUUGUCUGCCCACAAGGACCACAGGCUGGUUCACGUGGGCAAAGCUCUUCAGGAGCAGCAGUGGCUUUUCGAGAACCUGACGGUCCAGGUGGAAGACAAGCGGUUUGUAGCAGAGAGCAGGGCCAAGCAGAUCGAAGCCAGGUUACAUUCUGUAAAGGCCAUGCAGAGGAAAGCAGAGAAUCAGAUUAAAAUGGCCAAGAUGAUUAUGAUGAACGAAGUCACCAAACGUGCCAACCUAUUAACAGAGCAGCUCGAGAAAAUGUCCAGCGAAGUGAAGCAGAGCCUGGAGGAGCAGCUGCAGGCUGUGAUCGACCUGUGCUCUCAGCUUGGCCACAUGCAGAACUUCCUCACCUGGGCUACAUCCCAGCACAGGAGGAGCCCGCUCCUCUUCAACAAAGAGCUGGUAGUUUGGAUGGAACAUAGGAUCACCUACCAGAUGCAGCGCUUGCUGGUAUCCCAACUCUACUCUGACCUGGCUCCACCUGUGAAGAUAAAGUUCAACUGGGAUGCCAGCUUCUGGACUAGACAGAUCUCCUGUUUAGGUCAGGUGACCACAGAGGGAAGAAAAGCGCCACAUAGCGAGGGCACAUUUUGCCCCAGCAUCCUGAAGCCACAGCCCAUCUCCUGCCCACCCCUGUCUCCAUCUCUGUGCCCUCGGGGUUUGAACCCAGUCUGUGGUUACCAGGCUUGCUUCCAGCCCCAGGUGUGCUGUGCCCACUGCACAAAUACGUCCAAAAUGCCCAAAGCCCACCCAGACCUACUGAUAGGGCACAGCAGGGUUUCCCCGCUGGAACAAGGGUUCCGGUGCCACCCCUUAAGCCCCUACGUGGAGAGGUCCCUUAUCCGUGUUCUACCAAAUCAGCCGCCUGCAUUACAGUUGGACAAUGGACAUCCUGAAGUUAACCCUCACGUUAUCAAGUGUAUGCAGCCCACCCAGCAGGCUCAACCUCUACAUCCGAUUCAGCUACAUGGACGCUUUGGUCCCCAGGACGGCCUGGCACUGAUCACCCAUCCGCAGCAGCUUCCUCGGGAGGCUUCAGGAGAAGAGCUCCAACCAUCAGUUGACACCUGCUUCCUGAGCUCCAGCAGCUCACUGUCCAGUGAACCACAGUGUGAGCAGUUGCACCACGAGGCCGUGGUGCAGCAGACACCACCAGCAGUGGACUCCGACAGGUCACGGCCGCCUACAAGUUUGAACAGGCCAGGUUUUGUCUGUUUGCAGACUCAGCCAGCUACUGCUCUGAACAAAGCAGAUGUAGCGAAGCCACAGAUGCAAAUAGCUACUGAGAGGAGCAGGGCGGAUCCAGAAACUGAGAAGAUGCAUGCACAUGCAGAUCAGAGUACGGCAAAUUCCAUUGACCAACAGAUACAAGCUACAGGCGGCAAAAGAGUGGACCUGAUCAGGCAGAGGCUGCAGCAAGGUGCAGGUCAGAGCACGGAAAACAGCGCGGACCAGCAGGGUCAGACCCCUGUGGUUCGCAGCGGCACGGAUCCGGUCAGCGUGGCAGGCCCAGGCGGCCAGCAGAGUUACGUGGCUGAAGAGCGGCGGCAGACGAGAGUGCGGACAAACACGGUCUCUUCACAGACUUGCACUUUGCAGAAGCCUGAGCCCAGCUCGGAGGCUGAAAGGCAGACGGCAGAAAUGACGGAGUGCCUGUCUAAGAGCGGCGAAUGCACGGGCUCCAGCUCACCCAGCAUGGCAACGCCUGCUCAGAGACUCCCAGCUGUCUCGUUGUGGGGGAUGAGGCCUGGACCACGUGCUGCCCCAGUGGAAACACCAGAACAGCCUGCAGAGUCCCCGGAGACCCUGUCUGCAGCCUCCACCCACAGCCUAGCAACAGGCGCCAGACAGUGGGACCACACUGAUGUCCAGGACCGCCCAUAUGUUAGGAGCCCGGUGUCAGACAGAGUAUUGGGUCCUCCUCCUGUGUCCAGCCGCUGCAGCAAUCUACCUUCCUACUGCCGGUCCCCUCUUACCACCUGUAAAGCAGAGCCAGAUAAAGUUCACGGAUGUGAGGAAGCCAAGAUUGGGAGUGAAGACAGUUUCUCUACCUCAAGGCAAGCUGAGGGUACAAGUGGCAAGGCUGGACGAGAGGUAGCCAAGGUUCCUGUAGUCCUCCUGGAGCGGCUGAAGAUACACUUAACACCAGCACAGGAACCUAUGCCCCGACUGCCACCACCCAGACCCAGCGGACCCCGCCGUGACUCGGCAAUGAAGAAAGAGGCCGCUGUUGCUCUGUAUCCGGUCAUGGAGCGGAAUGCAGUGUCCAGUUGGUCGCCUCCAGACACUGAGCCAUCACCACCACAGUCACCAGCCAUUGGCCAGCCGUCUCCCAGACCUGCAGCAGUUGCUUCGUUUUCUGCCCCGGCGAGAGCUGAGGUGGAGCUCUCAGUGCUGCCGUCUGCUGACGAAACUGAAUCAGAUCCACGGUCUGAAUCUGAACCUCGGUCUGAAUUGGAGUCCCGGUCUGAAUCGGAGCCGCUCUCAGAAUCCGAACUGAAGUCCGAGUCCGAAGCAGAUCAGGAUUUAGAGUCAGAGGUUGAAUCUGAGACGGACCUGGAAUCCGAGCAAAAGCUAGAAUCGGAUCCAGAUCUCGAAUCGGAGACUCAGCUUGAGUCGGAUUCAGAGCUCGAAUCGGAGCAACAGCCAGAAUCUGAGUUGUUUGUGGAGUCGGAGCCAGAGUUUGAGUCAGAUCCCGAAUCGGAACAGGACCUUACCCUGGAGGCCGAUGGAAGGCCAAGUGCCGAUCUGGAAUCAGAUUCAGGGACUCCGGCAGCACGAGAGAGUCGAGGUAGCCCCUUUCAGCAGACCGAGAGGCUGGCUGGGGGAGGCGACCCGCCGCAGGAGGCCAUAGAGAUGGAGAACGAGGACUUCUGUGCUGUGUGCCUGAACGGCGGGGACCUGCUGUGCUGUGAUCGCUGUCCCAAGGUGUUCCACUUGUCCUGCCACAUCCCGGCUCUCCUCAGCUUCCCUCUGGGCGACUGGGUGUGCACACUGUGCCGGGAUGUCCAAAUGCCGGAGGUGGAGUAUGACUGCGAGAACUCGCGCCACUCCAUGCAGCACGCAGGAAAGGCUGUGCAGUACGGGCUGUCGCCCUGUGACCUCAGGAAGUGUGAGAAGCUGACACUGUUCAUCUCCUGCAACAUCCUCAGCACGCCCUUCCACGAACCCGUCAGUCCGCUGGCCCGCCAUUACUACCAGAUCAUCAAGAAACCCAUGGACCUGUCGGUGAUCAGGAGCAAGCUGAAUAAGCGCAAUCCUGCACACUACUGCACACCUGAGCAGUUUGCCGCCGACGUUUCUCUUAUGUUCCGGAAUUGCGCAAAGUUUAAUUACCCUGACUCAGAGGUGGCCCAGGCUGGACGGAGCCUAGAGGCCUUCUUCAGCGCCAAGCUGCAAGAGGUGCUCCCCGACUGCGUCUUCCUGGCUCCGGAAGAUGACUCCGACAGCGAGGAUUACGACGAGGCUUACCGGGUGGGCGUGGGGGGCUUCCAGUGGCCGGAAAGGAAGGAACACUCUCACAGGAAGAGGAAAAGGAGGCACUCGGCUAACUGGAGGAGACAUCACACCUAACCGGUGUCACACAAGGGUCACAGAGUAGUAUGACCAGCCUGACAUUUGCCAAUAAUUUUUUAUGUGUCAUCUCAGUUAAAUUUUUACCCUCAAGAAGUAGACUUUCUGCAGGAACUUUAUUAAAACAAUAACUGUUGAAAUUUGGGUAAUUUUCUUUCCAUAUCUUGUACAGCAGCGACCAGUUCUUUAUGCUAGAAAACC